GGCAAAGCGAGUGAUCAGCAGGUUUUAACCAUUCGGACCCGAUUUCCGGAUUUCAGUGGAUUUUUGAUUAUGGGUAAACUCCCGUUAUGUGAAGUUUUCCGAAUUGGAAAAGAGUUCAUGAAGUAUGUGGAAGAAACAGGUGAAGGAUACAUCAUAGAGAAAAAUAAACUCAAAGACAUUUACUCCGACUUCACCAAAAGCAGUGGACGCAAAUGUGAAAGCUUCAGUCGAGUAAUUUUUGCCCUCAGCCAGAAACAAGCAAUAGAGGUUAACCAAGACCAAGUCAAAUUUAACUUAAGGCCUGAAAGCUCUGACAUUGACAUCAUCUCCAUUACCUCACGGGAGCAUUCGUUUGUGAAAGACGAGCUUUGCCUGACUGUGGACUGCAUGAGUAAGUCUGAGAUUAAGCUGGAAGUCAAAAAUACUGGAGGGGAUCCUGUGCGCUUUUUCUACUCCACUCAGUCAGACACAAUGAGAUGUUUCACUCUGCAUGAUGACUACAAAGUGUCAAAGAAAAACACUUUGACCCUAAAUCCAGGUGACACCUACAACAUUACAGUUCAUUUCCUUUCCAACAUGGUUGGAUUCUACUCAGCUACGCUGGACUUUGAAUACAAAUUAAAUCUGAAGACAUCACCCACUGCUUCAGUUAAACGCAUCAUUGAGAUUGAGUGUAUGACCGCAUUGGGAAAAAAGUUGUUACCCACAGCCCCCUACAAACCUGUAAUCCCUGGCGUGAUCACUGCAGCUGAUAGGAAGAUUGUGGACCCAUCGAACCCCCCAGGGUUACAGCAAAAAGAGUUGGCUCUUCUAUGUGCAACGAAAGUGCCAGAAUAUGUGAAAUAUUUUGUUCACUCACCUGAUAAACAAUGCUUCAAGAACUUGAGGGAUUUGCUGAAGUCACCACUGUGCUGGGAAAAUUACGUAAAGAAGUUCAAGCUGAUGCUUUUUCUGGAAAAACUACAGAUGGAUAUGGACAUCAUGAAGUAUAACAUCCCCAACAGCAAGAAGGAGUACGCCACCAUUGUCAGAGACAAAGUCGACAAGAAUCUUUUCAUAAUGGAGGUACCUGGUCUGUCUGAGAACCAUCCCUCCGUGCUGCAAGGGAAUACGCUUUGGGUAGCUUUGCUUGGAGAAACUUGUGGGAAGAAGUACAAGGCCACUGUAGAGAGUGUGCAGCUGGACAAUCUAAAACUGAAGUUUAGUGGAGAACUACCACAUGGCCCUUUGGAAUCAAUGAAGUUCACCAUUAAGUUUGAGUAUAACCAUGUGACCCUACAUCACCAGCACAGAGCAGUUAAGUUGGUCACUGAAUUCAGCCUGCAACCAGUAUUGUUCCCUGAUGUGUGCAACUCCAAGAGGAAACCUCAGCCCCCCCAACUCAGGCUGUUUGACACAAUGCUGAACAACAACUGGGAGCAGUAUGAAGCAGUACAGCACAUCGUGAACGGAUCAUCCAAGCCAGCUCCUUACCUGGUGUUUGGCCCACCUGGAACAGGCAAAACUGUGACUCUGGUUGAGGCCAUCAAGCAGAUUGAGAACCAGACUUCUGCCCACAUCCUGGCCUGUGCCCACUCCAACAGUGCCACUGACCUGCUUUGUAUGCAAAUUUUGAACGACGUGGAGGAGCAUAAAGUGCUUCGCAUUUAUGCCAAGUACUUGAACUCAGCAAGGAUUCCAGAGAAACUAAAGGCAUGCUCCAACCUGAAAACACAAACUGCGGAAUAUCCUAAAAAAGAGAAGCUGAUGGAGUACAAAAUCAUCGUCACCACCCUGUUUACUGCUGGAAGGCUGGUCGAAGCAAAAAUUCCACGAACACAUUUCACGCACAUAUUUGUGGAUGAGGCCGGACAGGCACUGGAGACUGAAGGUCUAAUUCCCAUAGCAGGGCUGCUAAAUCCAGAUUCUGGUCUGCUUACUUUGGCUGGGGACCCUCAGCAGCUUGGACCCAUUGUCAGAUCACCUAUAGCCCGGAAACACGGCAUGGGAGUGUCACUUCUGGAGCGUUUGAUGAAUGAUUUCAAGCAGUAUCAAAAGCAGGAGCAUAGGGUCAACCCCUGCUUUAUGACCAAACUGCUGCGCAACUACAGGUCCCAUCCUGACAUCCUUAGGAUUCCUAACGAUCUCUUUUAUGAAAAAGAGCUCCUGCCCUGUGCUGAUGAAAUCUCACGUAACUCCUACUGCAGCUGGAAACACCUCCCAAAAAAGGGCUUUCCAGUGAUCUUCCAUGAGGUGGUGGGUCUUACAAAACGUGAGAGCAGCUCUCCAUCAUUAUUCAACGGUAGUGAAGUGGAGAUUCUGAUGGAUUACCUUAAGGUUCUUCUGCAGCCUGAGAGCGUGCCAAAAAUCUCACCCGAAGACAUAGGCAUCAUUGCCCCUUACAGGAAACAGGUGGAGAAAAUCCAGCAAGCACUGAAAAAUGUGGGUAAAGUUCUCAAAGUGUCAGGAAAAGAAGCACUGCAGGUUGGCACGGUGGAGGAGUUCCAGGGUCAAGAGAGGAGCGUGAUCAUGGUGUCCACCGUUCAGAGCAGCCACGAAUCCAUCGAGACAGGCAAAAAGUUCAACCUCGGCUUUGUCAACAAUAAAAAGAGGUUCAACGUGGCCAUCACCCGAGCUAAAGCUCUGCUGAUUGUGGUGGGAAACCCCAAGGUUCUGGAGUCUGAUCCCACCUGGAAAUGCUUCAUUCAGUACUGCAAAGACAAAGGAGGCUACACUUCCCUCGUCACACAAGAGUAGCAGCAUCAGUUUGUUGCCCUCGAUGAGCAUACUGAGCCUCAAGUUCCAGUGGUGACCACAGAGAGUGUGCUUUAGCAGCACCUUCACCCAGAGCAGAGAAAGGAGCCUUGAGGAACAGAGCUGAAACACAAGCAUAUAAAAGAGUUAUUUUAAAAUAAUGGUUUCAUUGGAUAUGUGAAAGAUUUUUACAUUUGUGCUCAGUUUUUUUGCUCCCCAUUACCCGUCGGAGGGACAUAGAAAAGCUGUCAAUCCCAAAUGCUGUACUCCCAAAAACAUUUCAUAGAUUUGAGACAUGUUUAUCACAUUUGCAGCAGGGAUGUAUCCGUUGGUGGUCUAGGUCAGGUUCAAUGAUGAGUGACCUUGACCAAAUAUUGAAGGUCACAGAGUCAAAACUAGUCUCAAACUCUGUACUCCCCUGGAGGUUGUCAUAAUUGAGACUUUUAACCAAAUUUGCAUUAGGGAUGCAUAUCAUGAAGGUCAAGGCCAAGUUUGAUGAUGAGUGACCUUGACCAAAUAUUGAAGGUCACAGAGCCAAAUGUUUUCUAUAUUAUUUUUCUAUUGUGUUUUCUAUAUUCUGCUUUGUGUAUUUUUAUGAAUUUUUGCAACUCAAAGAAGUGUAUAAGAAUUUCAAUGUACUUGUACUUAAAUGUACUUGUGCGUAUGGCAAAUAAAUUUAACAUGACUUAGACACAAAUAGUACCUAA